CAAUUGUGCACUGCCUGUAUAAAUACGUGCAUCGCAAUAAAUCUAAAUUUAUUCAAUUGUACAUAGACAAGGAGAUACAAUGUUUGUUCUGAAACUGGUGUUUAUUGCGUGUGCGGUAUUAAUAAAAUGUGAAUCUGCGUUCGUGGACACAUUGACGAAAUGUAGUAUAAAAAACGACAAAUGCAUUGCUGAAUUGUACGAAAACUCACUUCGUUAUAUUGGCUCAGACGGCAUCCCGGAACUUAAUAUGCCUCCCAUAGACCCCUUCAAAAUUUCGAACGUAACAGUGACAGUGUUGGAUUCGAUCAAAAUAACUUUGACCGAUGGAGUUGUUAAGGGAAUCAGUAAAUGCCAAGUAAAAAAGUUCCAUAUUGAUAUGGAGGCAUUAACUGGCACACAAGAAUUCGUUUGCGACUUAACAGUUAGAACUAACGUCGUUUUCGAAGGCUCGAGUCCAGCAGCACAAGGAUUAUUUGGCACUUCUUCAAUUGAUGGCACGGGGAAGGGAAAAGUUAAACUUGAAAAGUUAUUCUUGCACCUUGAUUUUCCAAUUAUCCCUUAUAAGAAAGAAGACGGUGAAAUUUAUUUUAAAACUACAAAAGAAAAAAUUAAAUACAAAUAUGAUGUCGAUAAAGCAUCUUUCGCAGCUGAUAAGAUAACAUUAGGAUCAGAGGAUAUCAGUAAAGUUGUCGUCCCUUAUUUAAACGAAAAUUUCAAAACAAUACUGAAGACUUUCGGUAGAGUAUUCUUUGAUAAGGUUAUAGAAUUUGCAUUUACUUCAGUAGAAUUAAUUUACGGUAAUGUAGCGGCAAAAUAUUACCUUGAAGAGGAUCUAACACCUUAUGUUGAAAAUUAAUACGUAUUUUAAAAUGUCUGUGAUUUAAUGUACUGAAUAAAUAGUAUUACCUGAA